UCACUCUUUCAAAGGCUACGGUACGACGACAGCUCUAGACUGGUCCGCGAGCUCCCAGCUAGGGUUCGCAACAUUAUUGACGAGACAGGCUUUGGUCUAUUAUGCUCUAGCCUGACACGGGUCGUAGCGAGCCGUCCCCUCUUAGGGACUUUAAUGGAGAGGUGGUGGGACACCACCAACUCCUUCCAUUUCUCCACCACAGGGGAGAUGACGAUGACUCCUUACGACUUCGUUAUGAUCACCGGCUUAGGCAUAGGGGGUGAUCUGAUCCCUCUCGACCCUGAUAUGGGAGAGUGAGAGGCAGCGUGGGCCGCAUUACUUGGGGUACACCCAUCGACACUCCGGGCGGACAUGGUCCAAUAUAGCUAGUUCGAGGAGCAGUAUAGGGGGUCUGAGCCCGAGACAGUCGAGGAGACAGAGCAGUAAGCCAGGGGCUUCCUCAUGUUCCUUUUCGGUACCACCUUGUUUUCGAACAGGUGGAAUACCGUAGGCCUGUAUCUAUUGAGCGCCUUGGUAGUACUCUAUUGAGUUCAGUUCUACGACUGGGGUGGAGCUGGCCUCCCCACUUUGUAUGGAUACAUGAGCUCGACUUCUCGCAUGAAUGGGAGCUUGAUCGGCCGCUACUGGCGGGCUUGAGAGGUACAUAGCUAGUUUCCCCUAUUCGCUUUACAUCUUCUGCUUAGCAUUUCUUGCUUUACAUUUGUUCAACACAAUGUACUUUCUGCUCUGCAUUUUUUGUAUCUGCUUAUACACUAUAUGCCUUCUGCCUUACAUUUUCUGUAUCUGCUCAUACACUGUAUUGAUCACAUUUUCCUUGCAACUGUGGGUGUACGCAUACUUCCCGGCUCUUGCUCCAGAGCCUAUAGAGGAGACUCUAGUGACAGUCCCAUUUUCUCGGGUAUACGAUUGCCAGCUCCGCCGUAGGACUUGGGAAAACUUCAUGUUUUUCUGCGAGUACUUUGACGUGGUUGCGAAGCACGAGGUAACCCAAAACAAAGUUAUUCUACUUUUCAAUCAACUUGAUACAUCCAUUAAUCAACUGACGGUGACUAAUCAUCUGUUCAUUCUCUUAUUUUCAGAUCACAUGGUAGCUGUGGGAUGGGAUACCGUCGGGGCUUUGAGCCCAGUAUGACAUAGCUAGGGUCAUGACUCGAUAUCAUAUCCUUCUUGAGGACCCGAUCUAUCGCACCUGGUUCUUGAGCGAGCGUUUCACAUGACAGACUUUAGGACUGCCUACCCCAUUCAUACCAAUGGCACCUCUAAUUUCCAUGAGAGAGACGCACAAACUUUCUACUGAGGAGGUGAUCCAGUUCAUGGUAAGGUUGGAGGCGGAUUACUUCCGUAUGGAGAGCGACUAUGUGACCUUCAUCCAGACAUAUCUGAUGCCGCCUCUAACUGGCGUUUGUGGAGGUGAGGGAGCGAGAGCUCCAUAUGCGAGAGAGAGAGAGAGAGAGGUAGAGGGGACAGAGCGACCAGGUCCCGUGGCAGGAGAGAUUCUGGGGAGAGACAGAGAGUAGGAUGGCUAGAGCUACCUACUUCACUGACAUGCUGGGGACGUUCUGGAGAGACCUAUCAGAUUCCCAUUGAGCCCACACCAGCUGGUCAUGAGCUUGUUGGAGUUCGAGGCUCGACCCUGGCAUCCAUAGAGUACACCGGGCAGGCCCUCAAGCUAGCGGCUUCUCUGAUGGGGAUGGUUCAGACGAGCAUGAACCUGCUCAGCCUCUACAAGAUUCCGAUCCCUUUCCAGACCUCAGCUCCACCGGAUGCCCCAGUCGGAGCCACAGCAGGACCUUCAGUACCUCCUCCAGCGGCAGGGAUGAGAGGGAGACAGAUUCUGACAUGUAGCCGAGGCAGGGUUAGGGGUACCCGCUGCGAGAGUGGCCUUUCAGAGCCCAUUCAGGGCAAUGAUGAUGACGAGACGAGCGAGGAGGAUGAGGAUGAGGAUGAGGUAGGAAGUCCACAGUCAGAGUCAUCUGAGGGUAGAGACGAUGACGCCGGCUCGGAUUUUGCCAGUAGUGAGGCUGGAGAGGCUGAGGAGGGUUCCGGUUCAGGCUCUGAUUCAGAUUCAGACAGUGGUGCCGAUGGAGAUAAUGCUUUAGAGUCCACUCCACAGAGGAAGAGGACAAAUAGAGCCUCUCGAGCUUGAGGCGACUGGUGCCGAUUUAGAUGCUUUUUGCUUUGUUUUCUUUUUGCUAGUAGUGUUAGCACAUUGUACUGCCUUAGGCAAUUUUAUUUGCUUAAAACUUGUACUCUUUUGCAAAAAGUGACUAUG